AUGUAAAAUCUUAAGGAGCCAUUACUUGCUGACUACAGCAAUAAAGAUGAACUUCUGGAAAGAAAAAGAUAGAUUAGAAGGAAGUAGCCACAUCUGGGAUAUAUCUUUCAGUUUAUGUUUAUCUCAUUACUAUGUUUACAAUAGUUUUCAGGGAAGAUAUUAUUUACAAGAAUACCAGAGCUUUCACCAUUACAACUUAUUGUUAUCAGAACAUUCUUUUCUAUGAUGUUUUAUGCUAUAUUGAUUAAUGUAAAUGUGAAGGAAGUAUUGUACACUUCUAUACCAAGAGAAAAUGUUAAGAACUUAAUCUUGAGAUGUGUUUAAGGUGUAGUCAUGUUCCCUCUUUUAAUGAUAGCAGUGAAAUAUCUACCUUUAGUGUUUAUUGCCCUAGCAAGUAACAUGGCACCGCUUUUUACUGCUCUGCUCUCCUACCUGAUAAUUAGGGAGAAACUUAAACCUCUUGAUAUUUCUGUACUUUUGAUUUCAUUUGUUGGUGUAAUAAUACUUAUAACAGGAGCACCUGAUACAAAAAAUGAACCUUAAUAAAACUAAAUAGGCAUUGGCUUGAUGACUGUUCUAUUUUUCGCAAUUCCUAUUAUGGGCUCAAUUAAUAGUAUCAACUAGCACUCAAUGAGAGAUUUCAAUGAUUUUACGACUGGAACAUAUGUCAAUCUUAUAUUACUUGUUCUCUUCGUACCCUACAUUUACAUAUUUGAGGAUGGUCUUAUAAUAAUGAAUCGAUUUGAAUACUAUGACUAUUUACAAUUUAUACUACUUGGUGGCACGUCAGUUUGCAUUGGAUUAGCCAGAAAACGAGCUCUACAAUAUCUUGAGCCAGGCAAAUUAGGAGGUAUAAACUUCUUCUAGUCAAUUAUCCAACUCAUGAUUGAUAUCUUAUUCUUUGGAUUUGCUUUUGCUUUUCAGUAGCUGAUUGGAAUAGUUAUAAUUUUUACGGCUAACAUAGUUAAGAUGAUUAUCUGGAUAAGAAAAAUGAGAAAUGAAAAACAACUACCAAGUAAGAUUUGA